AAUUUGUUUGAUUCGGGCAACAUCUUCUCCCAGUCGACUCGCCUCGCGGAGGAGUAUUAUAUUUCGCACACGGGACUUUCUCUGUAGAUUUGAUUAUCUUUCUUCUCGCCAUUAUCGGGCUGAACUUCGAACUGCGUCGAUUUCGUUUUGCCUUUGCUGGGCUGACCUAGAAAACUUACGUACGUCGCAUGUACUCUCGAACUACUUGGUUGCCAUAAAAAUAAAUUGUGAAUAAUCGAUACGUAGUGCAGUGAGCGUGAAGUGGGAUUCUGGUUAUGAAUAUAAGUAGUGAAUAAGUGACAUCCCGUUACGCAAGCACUUCGUCAUAGUUGCAGCAACAGCAAGAAUAACAACCAUCUUUGCAAAAGCAGCAUCACCAGAACAAAACAACCAUCAAACGUCGACGAUCUAAGGAGGAACGGCAAAAAUGAGCAAUAAAACCGACGUCAGUGCGGACAAGAUGGACGAGGAAGCCUCGGAUUUCUGUCAACGAUUCAACGAAAUGCGUCACCGUAGCCAUCUGGUCGAUUGUUCCUUUAAGGUAGACGACAAAAUCUACAACUGCCAUAAGCUCAUCCUAUCCGCCGCUAGUCCGGUAUUCGAGGCCAUGUUCUACGGUUCCCUUGCCGAGAAGCAAACGGUCAAAAUCGCAGACAUUCGACCGGCCGUGUUUGAACGGAUGUUGGACUUCAUCUACGUGGGAACGAUAGAUUUCGACUGUAUUCUUCAUAUUGAAGAAAUUCUAGAGCUUUACUACUGCGCACAGAAGUACAUGAUCGAUAGUCUUCACAAGCAGUGCGUCAACUAUUUUGGUAAAAGUAUCAAACCGAACAAUGUUCUGAAAAUUCUCGACAUAGCCUAUAGAAUGAACCUGGAGGAUAUUAUCUUUUCGUGUUUGUGUGUGCUGAAGCACUUCCUGACUUCGGGGAUGAGUCUCAGCAACAUCAUCCUGGAGAGUAGCCAUCACCUUUCGAAGAGCUGUGUAGAUCUGAUUCUAGAGGACAACUACGAGGUUAAGGAUAACAUUAUCUGUAUGAUUCGUGCCUGGUGCAUUAUCGAAUGUGAACAGAAUCGUCUCGAAGUCAAUAGCGACAGCUUGAAAACGGUACUGCAAGAUAUUGAGCUUCCGGAAAAGUUAAAAGACACCAUCAUAGACUGCAGUUUUACCAGUUUCCAGCCAGUGACUGAUGAAAACAAGUAUCACUGGACGCCGAUUCAACGGAUCCACUACAAGGCGGUCCGACCGCUGAUCAUCGGCGAUGAAAUGCGCUUUGAAGCCAGCAUCACCUGUAACAGGUUCAUCGUGUUGAAAUCUCUCUCAAUCAACAGCCGACUGAUGCCUCAAUUUCUCCCGAUGGAUCACCACCGCGAUACGUAUACGGAGAACAUUGCGGUGGAGAUUUGCUCCAAUUUUAACGGUAAAAUCGAACCGAUCUACCAGGAGCAAUACCUGAUGUGCGACGUUCCCUUCAACAACAACUUGGACCUGAAAUUGGAAAAUCAAAUCGUCCUCUUUCCGGACAUUGCCUAUUUGGUACGACUGAAGUGGGGUCCCGAUAGCCUUGGGUACGAGUACCCACGUAGCAUUUUAUCAUCGUAUGGAAAGAGCAAGCAGUUCAGGGUGAAUUUUAGCGAGAAUAUAUACCUCGAAACCGAAGGCAGUAUUUUAAAUGGAAUCAUUUGUGAUCUGUACAAGUAAGGGCGGAAGCUGUCGGAAUUGAAGGCAUGAAUUAGCUUUGCCAAGUGAAAUGUAUGAUUUAUUCUCGAUAUAAAAAAUAACUUGCAAACAAGUGAAUGCUAACUGUGCUGAGAUAUUUGUUAACAGUUUAAAAUAAGAUUUCAUCAUUUUACGCUAUCAUUAAAUUAUUGAAUCGAAGAUUGAAAUUACCUGUAUCAGAUAAUUGAAGCAACACAUAAGUAUGCUGAUUAUUGCAGAAUAAAAUAUGUUUAAAAGUG